GGGAGGGGUGGCCUGGCUGGGCCAUGGCCCAGGGCAAUUUUUUUUUAAUUAUAGGGAAAACGGUCAAAUAAUUUCUCGUAUUAUAUUGCAAACAUCAAUUAAGUCCGCGUACAAUUAAAUCAAUCAAUUAAGUGCCUCAACUAUAAAAAAACACCCAAUUUGAAUGUUUAACCGGUUGGUUUUGAAUUGCACCGGUAAUAGAUGACUUGGGGCAUUUUUUUUUCCUUUUUUGUUCCUUCUUAGUUUUUUUCUCUGCUUUCUUUCUUUCUUUUCCCUCCACCCGUACCUCUGCAAGGGUGCAAUUCUUUCUCCUUUCUUUAAUUCUUUCUUUCUUCUUUUCUUUCUUGAUUCUCUCUCCUUGACUUCUUUCUUCUAUCAAGCAACCAACAACCAAAUCAAGAACUCUUUUUUCCUCCUUUCUUCUACAAACCCACCCAAGUACCCAACUCACAACACCAAUCAUUAUGUUGGAUGACGAACUCUAGCAGCGGAUUAACAUGGAGAUAAACUUGCCGGUAAAAUUGCCGGUAAACUCGCGGAAGAACUUCAACAACCUCCGGCGGACAUCGCAAUAGCCACCACGCCAAGUCGCCGACGCCGACCAGAUUUUGUAGCAGAGGAGAGGGCAGAUGGAUUGAGAAGCACUGAAGCAGAAGAUCCAAGAGCAGAUUGCGUUGGCCGGAAAAGAUGAUAUGCGGCAGCAGCCCAAGCUAUCGCUUGAAUCACUUGUCCUCUUCUGAAUCGUUGAACUUGUGAAAAUGAAGAAUGAAAGAAGGGUCAAGAUUCAAGAAAGAAAGAUAGAGAAAAUAAAGAAAAAGAAAAGGAUAUUGCAGUUAGGGGUUGACGGGAGAAGACAGUCAUGCGAAAGAGAAGGGGAAAAAGACAAAGAAAUAUGGAAAAUAUGAAAAUUAAAAGAUUGCCACGUGUGUAAGUUAACUGGGUGACCGGUUGUUUUCCGGUUAAAAGAUCCAAUUGAUUGUUUUUUACAAGUUGGAGGAUGUGAUUGGUUGUUUUUGAAGUAUGAACACUCAAUUGACUUUUUUGAUAUUAUAAGGGGGUGUUUGGAUUUGAUUCUUAAAAUUACUUCUGCUCCUUCAGGGAGCUGAAGCAGAAGUUGGAGUGUUUGGGUAAAAGUGCAGAAGUGAUUCUGGUGCUCUAAUUUACUCCUAAAAUCAGUUUUUUUAGAAGCUGUGUGUGACCAGCUUCUGAAAACUGAUUCUGAUUCUGCUUCUCCUUUAAAAAAGAAUCAGAAUCAGAAUCAGUUCCAAACACCCCCUAAGAGUUUAAAUUAUAUAUAGAGUUUAAAUUUGUUUUUAUAAAUUGGCCCAGUCUAAGAAUAAAAGUGACCCAGGGUCGAUAUUUAUGGCCCAAACAAAGAAAACAGUCCAGCUCCAACAAAAAAAACAGUCCAGCUCCAACAGUCCAGCUGCAGCGCCUAAGCAAUCCAAACUUUCAGGCAAACGGCAAACCAGGAGGCACGGGCAUCAAUCUUUCACGCAAACAGCAAACCAGCGCCGCAGACCACCCGUGCUCGCCUUCUGCUCGCCGGACGUCGUCGACUCGCAGACUCUCCAUCUGCUCUCCUUCUGCUCGCCGGACGUCGUCUACUCCCUCCGCCCCUGCCUAAGCUGCUAGGCUGCACCGGUGAAUCGCCUUCUGCUAGGCUGCACGGCAAACCAGUGAUAACUAUCAUUAUUCAUCCCUGUGAGCUCGUGUAAUGGUUAAUAAGCCAAACCAGGUCGGAAGUUGUUGUUCACAGAGCGCAUCGGCUUAUGGCUGCAGCUCGCUGGACUAUCAAUUCUCUAAGAAGUGUUUAUCUUGCUCGUGUGGCCGGCUCAUGGAAGAAUAUAUCUUCAAAACCUUUACAGGCUAAGGAAAUGGUGGUGUCCAGGGUGCGUCGCCGCGACACAGACCACGAGCUUAGGAGCUUGAUUUUCAACAGCGCAUGCCAACGGCGGAGUGCCACCGUCGUACUCCAGAAAUGGAUGAACGAAGGCCACCGAAUUUCGGCUUCUCAGCUUCGAUGUGUCUAUAGGCAGCUAAUCAAACGCCGUUGUUUUGGCGCAGCCCUAGAGAUCCUAAUCUGGAUGGAAUCUCAAGAUAGUUCUUCCAUGUCUCCUUCUGAUUACGCAAACAGGUCAGAAUUAACCAUUAAAAUGUACGGUUCAAAAGCUGCGGAAGAGCAUUUUGAAAACCUGCACACUUCCAUUUCAAAGAAAGCUUCUUGUCUUCCUCUUCUCCAUUGUUAUGUUAAAGAAAGAUGCACUGAAAAGGCAGAAGCACUAAUGGCAAAGAUGAACAACAUGGGGUUUGCUGUGACUACUCAGCCCUUUAAUGAGAUGAUGAAACUAUAUAUGGCCACAUCUCAGUACACCAAAGUCCUAUCUGUCAUCCUCCAAAUGAUGCAAAACCGUAUACCCCUAAAUGUUCUCUCCUAUAACCUAUGGAUGAGUGCUUGUGGAAAUAUGAGUGGCAUUUCAUCCGCAGAGAGCGUGUACAAAGAAAUGAUCGAUGAUCCGACUGUUGACAUAGGGUGGACCUCUUUGUGCACAUUAGCUGAAAUUUACCUAAAAUUCAGACUUACUCGCAAGGCUAUUUUGGUGCUCGAGCUUGCAGAAAAGAAAUUAUCCACCUGUAACCGCCUUGCUUAUUUCUUUUUAAUUACGCUUUAUACUUCUUUAAACAACAAGGAAGGAGUGCUCAGGCUUUGGGAAGCUUCUAAAGGUGUGGGAGGAAGAAUGACUUGUGCCAAUUACAUGUGCAUGAUUUCAUCAUUGGUGAAGCUUGGCGAGAUCGAGGAGGCCGAGAGUGUUUUUCGAGAAUGGGAGUGUCAGUGUAGGACAUAUGAUGUCCGGGUUCCCAACAUUCUUCUAGGUGCAUAUAUGAGGAAUGGAUUCCCAGAAAAAGCUGAGUUACUAUGUCUUCACAUAUUAGAGAGAGGCGGAAUUCCAAAUUAUAAGACUUGGGAAAUACUUAUGGAGGGUUGGGUUAGAAGCCGGGAUUUGUCAAAAGACUAGUUUUACGUUCACUUGCAAUUUCCUUUCAACAAGAUUGAAACUUUUGAAGAUGAACCACACAUGAUUACCCAAAGAUGUACAUUAAGAGCCUAGCAUAGUUAGUGUAUCCAUAAGACUUUUGCAAGGCUGCAAGUUAGAACAUGAGUUUUUCACUUGGAUUCUUUUUUAUUCCUCAUGACGACAACAAGAAUCUCAAUUCGUUGUUAUCUCAUGAUGUUUUGUAUGUUGACAAAUCGUGUAAUUAGAGGGAAAACAUGUGUUAUACUCUUCAUUUUACUUAUUUAAAUUAACUUACGUGAUACAUGACU